AUGGCCGACAGGACGCUACGCCAGCAAAGAAGCAACUCUUCCUUCGACGACUCGAAGUCUAGCUCGGAGAAGUCAUUCUCUCGCGCUCCAAGCAAAGCAGGUAUCGAUCAGUUGGAAGAGAUCGAUCGACGGCCCAGUACUGUUUCAUUCGACAACAGAGGCCCGAAUGCUCUCCCCUCACGGUCGACCAGCAGCGGCACGAAGUACAACAAGGAGAUCGAGACGCCCAAUGGACCAGUACGCCGCAACGAUGCACUGUCUUCUCUCUCGACGUCGAACCCGAACGCUGCAGCGCAGGAGCCAAAGUGGCCUUCGGGAUGGAGGCCGUGGCUCUGCCUUCUAGGCGGCUUCCUUCUCAUGUUCAACUCAUGGGGCGUUGUCAACACAUAUGGUACCUAUGCAAGGUACUACAAGAGCACCCUGCUACCUGGACGAGAUCUACUGCUUUUCAAUCUGAUCGGCUCGACACAAUCAUUUGGUGUGCUUGCUCUGUCGGCAGUCACUGGACGAUUUCUGGACGCUGGAUAUCGCCGAGAACUCAUCAUCACAGGUACAAUCUUCGUCGCAGCUGGCUCUUUCGGGCUUUCUGGAGCCAGUGGUGAUGAGCAGAACUCAGGCAAUUACGGCUUGAUCUGGCUCACACAGGGAUUCCUCACCAGCUUGGGGAUGGCUUGUUUCUUCGUCACGUCUUCGCAGGUCGUUGCAACGUGGUUCAAGGCCAAGAAGAGUCUCGCAAUUGGCACGGUCGCUUCUGGUGCCAGUAUCGCUGGUCUUGUAUACCCAGUCAUGACAAAGUACCUCAUCGAUGCUCUUGGAUUCCAACGGGCUGCUGCGUGCGUGGCAGCAGUCAUCACAGCAACUUCCGCCCUUGCGAUCGUUAUCGCGGUUCCCAACCCUGCUCACCAGAUCCGCAAGCCUGAGAAAUGGACUGUCGAUAUCUUCUGGGACAGACACGCCUUCAAGCAGAACAAGUCAUACCUUUGGUUCGUGGCAUCGAUCUCGGUUCUCUUCUUCGGCUUCUACGCUGUAUUCUUCAACCUCGAGGAGUGGGCACAGGAUGCUGGAUUUGGCAAAGUUCAGGACGUCAACGUGGGCGCAAAUGACGGUCUGCCAGCGAAGCCAGUCGGUGGACAGAUUGAGACGAUGUGGAUGUUGGCUGCGAUGAACGGCGCUUCUACCAUCGGUCGCAUUGGAGGUGCAUACAUGGCCGACAAAGUCGGUGCACUGAACGUCCACGUCACGGUGACAAGCAUUGCAGCGAUUCUGGUGCUCGGUCUGUGGACCACGGCAGAGAAACUGCCCGCCGCGAUGGCCUUCGUCGUCCUCUUCGGUGUCUUCUCCGGAACCGUCAUUGGCAUGCCUCCAGCAUCUGUCGCUUACAUUCUGGGACCCAACGGGCAGUCGAAGCUCGGCCAGUGGAUUGGAAUGAUGUACUCUUGCGCUGCCAUCUCAGCCUUGACCGGUCCAGUCAUUGCCGGUCACUUGAUUACGGAAUACAAGACGUACCUCACGGUACAACUAUGGUCGGGCGUCUGCCUGGCUCUCAGUGCUGCAUGCAUGGGUGCCGCCAUCUGGUGCCGAGAGAGGACGAAGAAGGCCGAGCGCCUGGCCAUGAACGAGAAAGCCAGUCCGUCUGUCUAA